GCUGCUGGCUUACGCUGCACAAGAACCUAAGGAAAUAUUUUAAAUGGAUAAAUCACCAGGAGAAUUGGCUUCCUCAGUUACGCAGAAUUCCUUAACUAGAGAAAAACGACCUCGUAACGUGACCGAAUCGUUUAUCUGUGGAGCUCCACUGAGUUCUCGUCAUGAUGGGGAGGAGGUUCCGAUGACAAGGACUGCGAAUGUUUAUACUGAGGAAGCAUCCACUAAUAGUUCUCCUCUCGAUAUGCCGGUCUAUUUCACCGAUUCUCACUUUCCAAGAGAUCCCCCUAAAUUGUACAGGAGCAACUCUAUUACUUCAUUAAAUGCUCGGGCGACAUGCAUACGAAAGGCGCCUGUCAAGACGCCUGUAAGUAACAAAUCUCCCGGUACUCAUCCUCUUGGCCAUUUUCCGUCGACUGCGUCAAUGACGAGUCUGCCUUCAUUAGACGGGUCCACACUUAAUAACGGCAGCCCCAAGCCAGCGUCCCGGCGCCAGAAAUGGGCUACCCUCCUUGUUUCUACCUUUAUGCAGUCGGAGGAGGGGUAUGAAGAGGAAAGGGUAAAAGAUAUUUGUACACACAUUGCCACUGCUAUACCGGGUGAUGGUGAGGAGACCAAGGAUACAUUUUUAACGCUUUUAAUGAACCUUAGGGAUUCAAAAAAUGAGCAGUUGCGUUCACAAGUAAUGAAAGGUGUAUUACCAGUAGAGGUUUUAGUUAAUUUAAACGAGGUCGAUCUUGUAAACCCGGAGCGGCGAAAGAAGUUAGAUGAGGAUUUUCAGAAGCGUGCACGCGAUACUAAUCUUACCGAGAUCCAAAAAGGGCUUAUGACCACCUCUACUUUGUUUUCAUGCCCAUCAUGCAAGGCGCGCGAUUGCUCAUGGACACAAAAACAAACACGCUCCGGCGAUGAGCCGAUGACGAUAUUUUGUACCUGUAAUGUGUGUGGUAACACGUGGAGAAAAUACUAAUAAUACAUUUUUUUGGUUCGUCUUGCCGUUAUUGUUCCGUGUCUUUUGAAUAAUUUGUACUGAAA